AUGCGCUGCUUUGACGACACCUGCGUGUCCAUGUUUGAGAUCGCGCUCAUCCUCGAUCCCAACAACAAAUUCCUCAUCGGCCGUGUCGGCAACCUCAAAGUCUACUGCCUGCGCGGCACGCGCACGCCGGUCGAUGUGGUGGCGGACUUGCAGGCCGUUCCGAAGCCGAUGAGCAUCGGCAAUGUCCACAAAGGGUUCUACGAUCGCGUCGAUGCGAUCCUCACGCGAUACCCGCCCGAGAACGCCAUCACGCGCGUGCUGAUGACGGGACACUCGCUCGGAGGCGGCGGGGCGCAUUGCGGGUAUCUCAUCAUGAAGGCGAUCUACCCGCAAUUGCCGGUCGUCUGCGUGACGUUCGGCGUGCCCUGCGCGGUGAGCGAGGAAAUCAUGCGGAGCGUGGAGGAACCGCGGGAGAUCGUGAAUUUCAUCGAUGAGGGUGAUUACAUUCCGUCGAUUACGAUCGGAAAAUACACGAAGCAGAUUCUGAAGUGGAUGAGCGUGGACGCGAGCGCGUCCGAAUCCAAGUCCUUCAGUUUCUCGGAUCUUUUUGCAAUGAAUAGCGCGUUGGGAGCUGCAGUGGAUGAGCUGUGCCACUACCACCCGAUGGGAGUUUAUUAUUACAAACGGAGAGGAAGUGACAUGCAGUUGCCAUUGCAGUUGAAGAAGUAUGUGAAGCGGCCGUUGCGCAUUAGAACGGAAGAGCACUUCGACGAAGUGUUUGAAUCGCAGAUAAAUCGAGGCAUAUCGAAGUUCUUGUAUCAUAUGGUGAAGACCUAUUAUGAUCGAAUGUAUUAUUAUGUCUUGAACGCUUCUCUGCCUUGGGACAACUACUCGAAGACAAUUCGUUGGUUGAACCCGCUAGAAUACAAGAAGAUUUUGGAAGACGAGAAAGAAGAGUGA